UAAAAUUGGGUUGCAUGCACGUCAAACGCACUUUAAGACGCUUGAGUGCCUCGACAGCAACAGUAAGCCAUAAGCUUCGCAAAUAGAAAGUUAAGUGAACACAAUGCUUUGGCAAAAGUUGCUCCUGAUCAAUCUUCAAAUAAUCCUCGCACUGCAGUGCAUCGCCGGCAAUCCGGUUGAAGUGGACGUAGAUGAACUGAAGGCGCAAAUCAGCAGUCACCUGAGCUACACAGCACGUCGGUUGACACGUAUUCAGCAGGAUGUCGACGAGAAGUAUGCCACUGAAUUGGAGCAACUGUUGGCGCGUUAUUUAAAAGCCGCCAAUGCCGAAGAUCCGCUGGUCGAGGAGAAGCAGCUACUGGAGUACGAAGGGGAGCAAAGGCAGUCGUUUAUGUCUUAUGUAAAUCUGCAGUACGACGAGCAAUUUCUCAACGAGGAUAUACGCGUACAAGAGUGGAGCAUGCGCACGCUGAUGGCGGAGGUGAGCGGUCCAUUGGCUGAGGAAAUUGAGAAGGUCUUGCCAGCUUAUGAGAGUGCUGUAAAAAUUGAUGACUUCGACCAGAAAUACACUGCUUUCACCGGUAUACAGGAGACAUUUUCGCCGGCGCUGUGGCAGCUGAUCGACGCGGAACCGGAGGAGGAAGCGGUGCUGAAUGUGCAGCUGAAGUUCUUUAAGGAGUUUUUGCUCUAUCUGCAGAAGCAGGUAGAUGCUGCGUCUUUCGCCGGAAUGAUAAAAGAUACAUUAAAAGUAGUGGAGUCGGCGCUGACAAGUGCGGAUCUCAAGCAAAAGAUGGAUGUGCUAGACAGUUUUGAUGAUUUGACGACAAAAUUCCGGCGGUAUUUGGAUUAUAAGGUGCUGGAAUUUCAGUUUGAUCGAUUUGGACAGUGAAGGUGUGGUUUAGUGAUUUUGUGUUCAGUGUGUUGAAAAUAUUCGAAAAUAUUGUUUUAAAAUCUGUGGGCAUUUG